AUGGUCGCUAUAAAGCGUUUAAAUAGUGCAGUUGGGCAAGGAGACCCCGAGUUCUGGACGGAGAUCAUCGUGCUUUCCCGUUACAAACAUGAAAAUAUCGUCUCUCUUUUAGGGUUUUGUGAUGAGAGUGGCGAGAAGAUCCUCGUGUACGAGUAUGCAUCUAAGAAAAGUCUAGACUUGUAUCUCAACAGUGAUGAUCUAACAUGGAUCCAACGCCUAAAGAUUUGCAUUGGAGCUGCUCGCGGACUUGCAUACCUUCAUAAUCCUGAUGGGAGCCAACAAAGGGUUUUGCACCGUGAUAUUAAAAGUUCUAAUAUCCUCUUAGAUGAAAAUUGGAAUGCUAGGAUAUCAGAUUUAGGUCUAUCCACAUUUGGUCCUGCCAACCAACAAAUCACAUUUCUUGUCACCGACGCUGUAGGCACGUUUGGGUAUGGGGAUCCGGUAUAUUUCAAGGAGGGGGUAUUAACAAAGGAGUCGGAUGUAUACUCGUUUGGCGUGAUGCUUUUCGAAGUACUGUGUGGGCGGUUAUGUAUUCGCAAUAACAAUGAUAAGCAUCAGCCAUUGGCACGACAGUGCUAUGAACAGAACAAAGUAAAGGAAAUCAUUUUUAGAAAUAUAAAGGAUGAAAUAAAAGCCAGGUCUUUGAAGGCGUUUACAGCAAUAGCUUAUCAGUGUUUGAAGGAAGAUCUUGAAGAACGCCCAUUAAUGACUAAGGUUGUGAGAAUACUUGAACGUGCACUAGAACAUCAACAGCAGGGUGAUGCAAAUAGUCCUACAGAUUAUGAUAGCGAUGAUGAGGACAUAGUAGAAUCAGAUGUUUCGACAUUGGAUGGUGGUACAAGCAGAAACUAUGUGAAGGAAAAGAGGUUGACGAUGAACAUGCGCUUAAAGAAGCUGCGUGAAAGAGUGAAAAAGCAACAAGAAGAGGUGGAAGAGAAGGCAAGUUGCAGAGGCCAUGGAGGUGAUGAGGAAUGCGCAGCAGGUAUCUCGUACCGUCUAGGGGAGCAGCUAGACCCUGAAGCAGCGGCAAAUGUAAUGGAGAUGCUGCUAGAGAUGGACCACACGGAGGUUCUUCACUCGAGUCCCCAGAAGCUCUCAAAGAGAAGGUUGCAGAGGCAGGGCCGUCCUAAUCUUUUUGGAGGUCUUGUUACACCGAUUAUAGUUACUAUUAUAGUUCAUAUAAAACAAUAUGUUGUGUUGAAAUUGGACUUCUUUAAUGAGAAAGUCAAACAAAAGGCCAUGACAAACGUCUACGGUCUCCCAGGUGUGGAUUCAAUAGCCAUGGACAUGAAAGUCCAGACACUGACUUUAACAGGGGAUGUAGAUCAAGUUAGAGUUGAGUCCAAACUCAAAAAGAUUUGUCAUACAGAGAUUAUAUCAGCAUACCCAUAUUACAAUUAUCAACAGCAGCAACAAUCAUAUCCAGGAUAA